AUGUGUAGCCCUGCUGCGGUGACCAGGCUGCUCCGAUUCACAGUUCACCACCGCCAGACACUUUCAGUGGCGCUGGACGGCUUUGUGUCUGGUGGUCGGAGGUUCAAGUCCGGAGCCAGCAGACAAUUAGGACAACAUUUGCAGACAACGAUAGAAACAACUCCGGAGAAGUACAAAACAAUAGACGAUCUACGUGGACCAAGUUUGGCCACGACGGUGUAUUGGCUGUUCGUGAAGGGAUAUGCAGAUAAGAGCCAUGCGAUGCAGGUAAAAUGAAUCCCACAUUAAUCACAGUGCCUCGGUUAAUCACAGUGCCUCGGUUAAUUUCUGCUACUCUUUCAUCCAAGUAUGGGAAGGGUUGACGGGUCUAGCUAAAAAUAAAUGUUUUUCGCAUGAAGAGAGGAGUUGCCACCACACCCGUCGCUAUGCUUGUGCCCCCCCACACACACACUUGAGGGAAUUUAUUAUUAAAUAUACGUACUGUAGGCUAAUAAUUAUUGUGCCCUGCCCUCCCAUGCAUUUCAUAUGCCCCCCUUAAGACUGAGGUCUGGCGACGGGUCUGGUUGCCACAUUUAUCUAAUAAACCCUUUUCCAUAACGUUAUCGAGCGAAUUAAGGAAUAUGUACGUCAUUUUUAACGACAUAGGCUAAGAAGCGAAAUUCGAUUUUCCAUCAAUUAUAAUUCUUGCGAGUUUAAGAAUAUGUUCAAAUAAAAGGUAAAUCGCUCUUAUUCAACUCUCCAGAUCAUUUUCCAUCAAUGGAUGUCGAUUUAACUGGUUUUGACUGCUAUAAUUAAGCAAUAAUGCCCGAUGAGGUGUGGUAUAUGCCACAAACCCUUGAGGUGCCUUAUUGCUAUUAUAAAACAACGUAAUUAGAACAGUAAAAAAAGUUUUUUUGUGUAAUUCCUGUGGUACAUGGCAUUGACGUCACCAGACCCGGGCCUUCGGGGCUUUAACCCGGUAUGAUUUUGUCUCAGCCCCGAGUCUUUUGCCCUGCUGGGAUAAUGUAAAACAAACUAGGCUACACCUCAUUACACACUGCAAUGAAUACUCCAAUCAUGAGCCCUGGCCUGCCCUGACUUUUUAGUGCUGCCUAAAACAUUUCUGUGUACCCCAUGAUGAUGUUAUUCAAAGUUAUUGUGUAGUAUACCUUGCAAACAUUGUGAAUUUUACGUUUUAGAAAGGAUUGUAUGCUGGUAUGUGCAUGUGUGUAAAAAUGUGAAGUUUUGUUACUACAGGGGGGUUGGAGGUGGUGUAUUUGUUUUUGUGUAAUUAAAUAGGUAGAAAUAUUGUCCUGUAGCUAAUUGACCUUGGAAUCUGUGAUUUAUUACCACAAAUAUGAUAAAAUCAUAUGAUAAAAUCAUGAUUUUCAGCUGCAAAAAUUCUGUAAUUCUUGGCAUUCUCUCAACCAGCUUCAUGAGGUAGUCACCUGGAAUGCAUUUCAAUUAACAGGUGUGCCUUGUUAAAAGUGAAUUUGUAGAAUUGCUUUCCUUAAUGCAUUUGAGCCAAUCAGUUGUGUUGUGACAAGGUAAGGGUGGUAUACAGAAGAUAUCCCUAUUUGGUAAAAGACCAAGUCCAUAUUAUGGCAAGAACAGCUCAAAUAAGCAAAGAGAAAUGACCGUCCAUCAUUAUUUUAAGACAUGAAGAUCAGUCAAUACGGAAAAUGUCAAGAAAUUUGAAAGUUUCUUCAAGUGCAGUCGCAAAAACCAUGAAGCGCUAUAGUGAAACUGGCUCUCAUGAGGACCGCCACAGGAAUGGAAGACCCAGAGUUACCUCUGCUGCAGAGGAUAAGUUCAUUAGUUACCAGCCUCAGAAAUUGCAGCUCAAAUAAAUGCUUCACAGAGUUCAAGUAACAGACACAUCUCAACAUCAACUGUUCAGAGGAGACUGUGUGAAUCAGGCCUUCAUUGUCGAAUUGCUGCAAAGAAACCACUAGUAAAGGACACCAAUAAGAAGAGACCUGCUUGGGCCAAGAAACACGAGCAAUGGACAUUAGACCGGUGGAAAUUUGUCCUUUGGUCUCGAGUACAAAUUUGAGAUUUUUGGUUCCAACCGCUGUGUCUUUGUGAGACGCGGUGUCGGUGAACGGAUGAUCUCCGCAUGUGUAUUUCUCACCAUAAAGCAUGGAGGAGGAGGUGUUAUGGUGUGGGGUUGCUUUGCUGGUGACACUGUCUGUGAUUUAUUUAGAAUUCAAGGCACACUUAACCAGCAUGGCUACCACAGCAUUUUGCUGCGAUACGCCAUCCCAUCUGGUUUGGGCUUAGUGGGACUAUCAUUUGUUUUUCAACAGGACAAUGACCCAACACACCUCCAGGCUGUGUAAGGGCUAUCUUACCAAGAAGGAGAGUGAUGGAGUGCUGCAUCAGAUGACCUGGCCUAUACAAUCCCCUGACCUCAACCCAAUUGAGAUGGUUUGGGAUGAGUCGGACGGCAGAGUGAAGGAAAAGCAGCCAUCAAGUGCUAAGCAAAUGUGGGAACUCCUUCAAGACGGUUGGAAAAGCAUUCCAGGUGAUGGUGGUUGAGAGAUUGCCAAGCGUGUGCAAAGCUGUCAUCAAGUCAAAGGGUGGCUAUUUGAAGAAUCUCAAAUAUAAAACAUAUUUUGAUUUGUUUAACACUUUUUUGGUUACUACAUGUUUCCAUAUGUGUUAUUUAAUAGUUUUGAUGUCUUCACUAUUAUUCUACAAUGUAGAACAUAUUAAAAAUAAAUAAAUAAAACCUUGAAUGAGUAGGUGUGUCCAAACUUGACUGGUAGUGUAUUUAUUUCAAUAGGCAUAGGCUACUGACUAAAAUCUGGGUUUAUAAUUGCAAUUCAACUUUGCCAUGGUUUGCUAAGCUAGAUGCAUAUAGCCCCAGAUAGGCCAACAUCUAAUUUCAGGGAAAAGUCCACAAUGAAACUGACAUUAAAUGUGGAGAAUUAUACAUUUGCAAUAGAGCUGUGACCAUGAUCAAAAUUGAUAACUGCAGCACUCUUUCAACCAGUGCUCUCAAUGCACACUACCCCCUCCGGCCCUCCACACCAUUCAUUCACUCAAUUACUCAAUUACUCAAUUACUCACUCAAUUACUCAAUUACUCACUCACACACUCACUCAGUAAGAGCCUGCAUGGUCACUGCCAGAUAGCAGCAGGUAACAGUGAAAUAUAUAGAUUUUUUAAAAAGAGAAAUGCCAUGGCGGCCGAGGUGCAAUUUAGUAGCAGAAAAACCUGCCACCCGCGACCAAUCCAUUUUCACCCGCGACAUCGUUUUCAAAGUAGCUCAUUUGGUGGUAAAAAGUUAACAAUGGCGACCAUGACGAAGACUCACAUAAACUUUGAAAGCGCAUACCAAGCAGCCACGCAAAAUGGUCUUGAGUGACAACAAAUCUGCCCAAUUAUCUGAUUUGCUUGAAAUACGCCCACUUCGGUUAAUCCGCCCACUUCGGUUGACACUCCACGUAUGCAGUUACCCAUGACUCCUUUCAUCGGCCUGGCGUUGAAUUUAUGGGUCCUAUCUUAAGGACAAUGAAUUGAUAAACAUUAAUUAGCGAUUGUGACUAGGUCGUUUACAGGUCAAUAAAAAGAAAGGAUACAUAUCCACCAGUAGCAAAACGUAUCACAUGUUAUCCUAAAUCAAGCUUCAUGCAAGGGGGAGGGGCUGAUCCAACUCAAGGUGUCAUAAAAAAAAUAUAUACACCCCCCUCCCCAAAAUAAAACAUAUUUUCACAUGACCCCUCCCCUUAUACUGUAAAAUAAAUUGAACACCUUCCCCCUCCAUAGAAUAAACUAAAAAUAAUGUUUACAACCACAAAUAACAAUAACUGUAGCGACCCUGUGUUUAUAAACGUGGAUAUCGACUUUGCCACUUUUGUGGCACAGUCGAUGCCACGCAGGGCUACUGGCCAGAAGGUUGAGGGUUCACUGACCACCACAGACUAGUUCACUCUCCCUGCCUGUUUCAUUACACUACGAUCAGAGCCGGCUGCAGACAAUGAUUAGCCAGGGGAAAUCUGAUUUUCAAAAUGUUAUGCCAUAUUUAUAAUUAUAUAAAAUAUAUGCAACAACAUUGUCCACCAACAGAUUUCUGUGCCAACCAAUAAACAAAGCAUACUGACUUCGAGCACUUCAAUAUCAUGGUUUGCGUUUUCAACAGAACAAUAAAUAGACUAUGUCAAUCUCGAUAAACAGAAAAUAGAUCAGUCCCUAACUUGUAAACUUACCCAGUGUCGAAGCCUUAACUUGACAAUCUCCGAAUGUAGGCAUAAUCAGUGAGACUGGACUAGCACACUUGCCUUUAGGGUGAUUAUAGAUAGGUUUCCAUCCAAUUGGCGACAGAUUUUCAUGUGAAUAUUCUAAAAUCUUCAUAAAAACAAUAUGCCAUUUCAGAGUUUCCUUGAGGAAAAUUUGGCGCCGGACAACAUGACAGGGAAGAUUUUAAUUUACUGGUCAUUUGAGAAAUGUUAUGGACAUCCAAAUGCAUUCAGAACCAACCUGGUGCAGCCAGCGCCAUCAAUAAACGAGGGAUGUUGGCCAAAUCAGCCACAUUUACGUGUCCUUAAAAAUCGCCUAUAACAAAUUACAAAAACACCAUUCCUUGUGUUUCGAUGUGUAGCAUAUGCAAAACUUUAUAGCCUAUUUUUAAGUUUUUUUUUUAGGCUACUUUCUAAAACAAUAAUUGUCCACCUCAUGGUUCAGCUGUCAGAGAUUUGAGCACUAAAUGCAUCAGGGCAUUGCAUGCAAAGGCCUAUAGGCUUAGGUAUCCACUGUAUGAUAUUAAUAUUUUAAUAAAUAUAUAUAAACUUAGCCAAAAAAGAAACGUCCCUUUUUCAGGACCCUGUCUUUCAAAGAUAAUUUGUAAAAAUCCAAAUAACUUCACAGAUCUUAAUUGUAAAGGGUUUAAACACUGUUUCCCAUGCUUGUUCAAUGAACCAUAAACAAUUAAUGAACAUGCACCUGUGGAAUGGUCGUUAAGACACUAACAGCUUACAGACGGUAGGCAAUUCAGGUCACAGUUAUGAAAACUUAGGACACUAAAGAGGCCUUUCUACAGACUCUGAAAAACACCAAAAGAAAGAUGCCCAGGGUCCCUGCUCGUCUGCGUGAACGUGCCUUAGGCAUGCUACAAGGAGGCAUGAGGACUGCAGAUGUAGCCAGGGCAAUAAAUUGCAAUGUCCGUACUGUAAGACGCCUAAGACAGCGCUACAGGGAGACAGGACGGACAGCUGAUCGUCCUCGCAGUGGCAGACCACGUGUAACAACACCUGCACAGGAUCGGUACAUCUGAACAUCACACCUGCGGGACAGGUACAGGAUGGCAACAACAACUCCCAGAGUUACACCAGGAACGCACAAUCCCUCCAUCAGUGCUCAGACUGUCCGCAAUAGGCUGAGAGAGGCUGGACUGAGGGCUUGUAGGCCUGUUGUAAGGCAGGUCCUCACCAGACAUCACCGGCAACAACAUCGCCUAUGGGCACAAACCCACCGUCGCUGGACCAGACAGGACUGGCAAAAAGUGCUCUUCACUGACGAGUUGUGGUUUUGUCUCACCACGGGUGAUGGUCGGAUUCGCUUUUAUCGUUGAAGGAAUGAGCGUUACACCGAGGCCUGUACUCUGGAGCGGGAUCGAUUUGGAGGUGGGGGGUCCGUCAUGGUCUGGGGCGGUGUGUCACAGCAUCAUCGGACUGAGCUUGUUGUCAUUGCAGGCAAUCUCAACGCUGUGCGUUACAGGGAAGACAUCCUCCUCCCUCAUGUGGUACCCUUCCUGCAGGCUCAUCCUGACAUGACCCUCCAGCAUGACAAUGCCACCAGCCAUACUGCUCGUUCUGUGCGUGAUUUCCUGCAAGACAGGAAUGUCAGUGUUCUGCCAUGGCCAGCGAAGAGCCCGGAUCUCAAUCCCAUUGAGCACAUCUGGGACCUGUUGGAUCGGAGGGUGAGGGCUAGGGCCAUUCCCCCCAGAAAUGUCUGGGAACUUGCAGGUGCCUUGGUGGAAGAGUGGGGUAACAGCUCACAGCAAGAACUGGCAAAUCUGGUGCAGUCCAUGAGGAGGAGAUGCACUGCAGUACUUAAUGCAGCUGGUGGCCACAGGGAUACAUUAUUCAAUUUCUGUUAGUCACAUGUCUGUGGAACUUGUUCAGUUUGUCUCAGUUGUUGAAUCUUGUUAUGUUCUGUGGCAGAUUAGGGGGUUGGGUCAAGACGUUUACACAGAUCAGACACGGACAGAGUAUGAUCAGCUCGGUUUCAAGGGUGUUUAUUAAUAAAAUAAUCAAAAAGUUAGGUCUCCCCCAUGAGACCCUCUCCAGGAUACCGUCUCCAACUACACGGAAGUUACCUUACUUCCCCCAGUCCUCUCUCAUGUGCUGCCCUUCUGGCAGCUUUAUGGGCCUUGCACAGCUGGUGAGCAAUUCUCCCUUAAUUACUCACCAGCUCCCAAUUAGCCCCAAUUAGUCCCGUCCGGGGAGACCUGGCAUGUCCAGUAGAUGGAGCCACUUCCUCGUGAUGUAUACUCCAUCUGUUACCAGGCCUCGACAAGUCUCCCCCUGGUGGCUGACCUGCUGUACGCCACAGUUCAUACAAAUAUUGACACGUUAAGUUUGCUGAAAAUAAACGCAGUUGACAGUGAGAGGACUUAUCUUUUUUUGAUGAGUUUAUAUACAGUGCAGUCGGAAAGUAUUCAGACCCCUUGACUUUUUCCACAUUUUGUUACGUUACAGCCUUAUUCUAAAAUGGAUUAAAUGAUUUCCCCCCCUCGUCAAUCUACACUAAAUACCCCAUAAUGAUAAAGCGAACAAAGGUUUUUAAGAAUUUAAAAAAAUCAAGAACAGAAACACAUUAUUUACAUAAGUAUUCAGACCCUUUGCUAUGAGAUUCGAAAUUGAGCUCAGCUGCAUCCUGUUUCCAUUGAUCAUCCUUGAGAUGUUUCUACAACUUGAUUGGAGUCCAGCUGUGGUAAAUUCAAUUGAUUGGACAUGAUUUGGAAAGGCACACACCUGUCUGUAUAAGGUCACACAGUUGACAGUGCAUGUCAGAGCAUAAACCAAGCCAUGAGGUCGAAGGAAUUCUCUGUAGAGUUCCGAGACAGGAUUGUGUCGAGGCACAGAUCUGGGGAAGGGCACCAAAAGGUGAGGUGACCAAGAACCCGAUGGUCGCUCUGACAGAGCUCCAGAGUUCCUCUGUGGAGAUGGGAGAACCUUACAGAAGGACAACCAUCACUGCAGCACUCCACCAAUCAGACCUUUAUGGUAGAGUGGCCAGACGGAAGCCACUCCUCAGUAAACGGCACAUGACAGCCCUCUUGGAGGUUGCCAAAAGGCACCUAAAGGACUCUCAGACCAUGAGAAACAAGAUUCUCUGGUCUGAUGAAACCAAGAUUGAACUCUUUGGCCUGAAUGCCAAGCGUCACGUCUGGAGGAAACCUGGCACCAUCCCUACAGUGAAGCAUGGUGGUGGCAGCAUCAUGCUGUGGGGAUGUUUUUCAGCAGCAGGGGUUGUGAGACUAGUCAGGAUCGAGGGAAAGCUGAAAGGAGCAAAGUACAGAGAGAUCCUUGAUGAAAACCUUCUCCAGAGCACUCAGGACCUCAGACUGGGGCGAAGGUUUACCAUCCAACAGGACAACGACCCUAAGCACACAGCCCAGACAACGCAGGAGUGGCUUCGGGACAAGUCUCUGAAUGUCCUUGAGUGGCCCAGCCAGAGCCCGGACUUCAACCCGAUCUAACAUCUCUGGAGAGACCUGAACAUAGCUGUGCAGCGACGCUCCCCAUCCAACCUGACAGAGCUUGAGAGGAUCUGCAGAGAAGAAUGUGAGAACCCCCCCAAAUACAGGUUUGCCAAGCUUGUAGCGUCAUACCCAAGAAGACUCUAGGCUGUAAUCGCUACCAAAGGUGCUUUAACAAAGUACUGAGUAAAGGGUCUGAAUACUUAUGUAAAUAUAAUAUUUCAGUUUAUUUUAUUUUAUAAAUUUGCAAAAAUUCAUAACCUGUUUUUGUUUUGUUAUUAUGGGGUAUGGCAUGUAGAUUGAUGGGGGAAAAAACAGUUUAAUCAAUUUGACAAUAAGGCUGUAACGUAACAAAAUGUGGAAAAAGUGAAGGGUUCUGAAUACUUUCCGAAUGCACUGUAUAUAGCCUAUAUAAAGGAAGAGAAGCUUAGGCCUAACCCCAGAGAGAUAGAGAUAUGCCGGUGGCAUGCUACGACACUGACAUGGCUACUGCGUCUGCUAUACUGAUAUAAACGUACAGAAUGAGGGUAAUUCGUACAUUUUCUAUCCAAAUAUUUUGUAUAAAGAUAAGCAUUAUAUUGUUAGGUUAUAGGAGUAACUCUGGUAGGCCUGAAACAGGCUUCUUCACCUCAAUCAAGUUCAACCUUCAUAUCAUAGGCCUGCAGUAGCUAAAGCUUAAUAAUAGCCACACCAUACCAAACAUUCACAAACACCAUACCAAACAUUCUAAACUUUAUUAGGGUAAUAUCAAAAGUAAGCUACGCCAUUGUUUAUAGGGAAAAUACGAGCAGAAGAGCAAAUGUAAACCUGGGAAAAAACGCACUACCCUCCCCUGUGCCACAAAAAAAAAAAAACACAACCCUCAACAAAGCAAAAAAAAGGUUUGACAACCCUCCCCUAUUUUGAAACACCCCUCCCCCACAAUACAUUUCGGUCUGUCCCUAAGGGCAUAACUUUGUGUUGCAUAUUGGGGGGGUCAUGGUUAAUGGGUUACAUGGUCAACACCCUUGAAGGGGGUGAAAUUGUUGUUUCUGGUGAUUUUUGAAGGGAAAAUACAAAUCAAAUCAAAUGUUAUUUGUCACAUGCGCAGAAUACAACAGGUGUAGACCUUACCGUGAAAUGCUUACUUACAAGCCCUUAACCAACAAUGCAGUUCAAGAAAUAGAGUUAAGAAAAUAUUUACUAAAUAAACUAAAGUAAAAAAACAAAAAGUUACACAAUCAAAUAACAAUAACGAGGCUAUAUACAGAGGGGACCGGUACCGAGUCAAUGUGCGGGGGUACAGGUUAGUCAAGGUAAUUUGUACAUGUAGGUAGGGGUAAAGUGACUAUGCAAGUCUAUGAUUUGGGUGACUGGAGUCUUUGACUAUUUUUCGGCCUUCCUCUGACACCGUCUAGUAUAUAGGUCCUGGAUGGUGGAAGAUAUGUACUGGGCCGUACGCACUACCCUCUGUAGCGCCUUACGGUCGGAUGCCGAGCAUUUGCCAUACCAGGCGGUGAUGCAACCGGUCAGGAUGCUCUCGAUGGUGCAGCUGUAGAACGUUUUGAGGAUCUGGGGACCAAUGCCAAAUAUUUUCAGUCUCCUGAGGGGGGAAAGGUGUUGUCGUGCCCUCUUCACGACUGUAUUGGUGUGUUUGGACCAUGAUAGUUUGUUGGUGAUGUGGACACCAAGGAACUUGAAACUCUCGACACGCUCCACUACAGCCCCGUCGAUGUGAAUGGGGGCAUGUUCGACCCUCCUUUUCCUGUAGUCCAUGAUCAGCUCCUUUGUCUUGCUCACAUUGAGGGAGAGGUUGUAGUCCUGGCACCACACUGCCAGGUCUCUGACCUCCUCCCUAUAGGCUGUCUCAUCGUUGUCGGUGAUCAGGCCUACCACUGUUGUGUCGCCAGCAAACUUAAUGAUGGUGUUGGAGUCGUGCUUGGCCACGCAGUCGUGGGUGAACAGGGAGUACAGGAGGGGACUGAUCACGCACCCCUGAGGGGCCCCCCUGUUGAGGAUCAGCGUGGCAGAUGUGUUGUUGCCUACCCUUACCACCUGGGGGCGGCCCAUCAGGAAGUCCAAGAUCCAGUUGCAGAGGGAGGUGUUUAGUCCCAGGCUUAGUGAUGAGCUUUGUGGGCACUAUGGGAUUGAACGCUGAGCUGUAGUCAAUGAACAGCAUUCUAACAUAGGUUUUCCUUUUGUCCAGGUGGGAAAGGACAGUGUGGAGUGCGAUUUGAGAUUGCGUCAUCUGUGGAUCUGUUGGAGCGCUGUGCGAAUUGGAGUGGAUCUAGGGUUUCCGGGAUGAUGGUGUUGAUGUGAGCCAUGACCAGCCUUUCAAAGCACUUCAUGGCUACCGACGUGAGUGCUACAGGGCGGUAGUCAUUUAGGCAGGUUACCUUCGCUUUCUUGGGCACAGGUACUAUAGUGGUCUGCUUGAAACAUGUAGGUAUUACAGACUCAGUCAGGGAGAGGUUGAAAAUGUCAGUGAAGACACUUGCCAUUUGGUCCGCGCAUGCUCUGAGUACACGCCCUGGUAAUCCAUCUAGCCCCGCGGCCUUGUGAAUGUUGACCUGUUUAAAGAUCUUGCUCACAUCAGCUACGGAGAGCGUGAUCACAUGGUCGUCUGGAACAGCUGAUGCUCUCAUGCAUGCUUCAGUGUUGCUUGCCUCGAAGUGAGCAUGAAAGGCAUUUAACUCGUCUGGUAGGCUCGCAUCACUGGGCAGCUCGCGGCUGGGUUUCCCUUUGUAGUCCGUAAUAGUUUGCAAGCCCUGCCACAUCCAACGAGCGUCAGAGCCAGUGUAGUAGGAUUCAAUCUUAGUCCUGAAUUGACGCUUUGCCUGUUUGAUGGUUCGUAGCGGGAUUUCUUAUAAGCAUCCGGAUUAGUGUCCCGCUCCUUGAAAGCGGCAGCUCUAGCCUUUAGCUCGGUGCGGAUGUUGCCUGUAAUCCAUGGCUUCUGGUAGGGAUAUGUACGGUCACUGUGGGGACGACGUCAUCGAUGCACUUAUUGAUGAAGCCGGUGACUGAGGUGGUAUACUCCUCAAUGCCAUUGGCUGAAUCCCGGAACAUAUUCCAGUCUGUGCUAGCAAAACAGUCCUGUUGCUAGCAAAACAGUCCUGUAGCGUAGCAUCUGCGUCAUCUGACCACUUCCGUAUUGAGUGAGUCACUGGUACUUCCUGCUUUAGUUUUUCUUUGUAAGCAGGAAUCAGGAGGAUAGAAUUAUGGUCAGAUUUGCCAAAUGGAGGGCGAGGGAGAGCUUUGUAUAGUCUCUGUGUAUAGUCUCUUUGAAUAGCUUUCUUUGUCUCUGUGUGUGGAGUAAAGGUGGUCUAGAGUUUUUUUUUCUCCUAUGGUUGCAAAUGUGACUUGCUGGUAGAAAUGAGGUAAAACAGAUUUAUGUUUGCCUGCAUUAAAGUCCCCGGCCGCUCCGCUUCUGGAUGAGCAUUUUCUUGUUUGCUUAUGGCCUUAUACAGCUCGUUGAGUGCGGUCUUAGUGCCAGCAUCGGUUUGUGGUGGUAAAUAGACGGCUACGAAAAAUAUAGAUAAAAACUCUCUCUCUCUACAUAUAAAACUUUCCUGAUGUUUUGGUCAAUUUAUCCCAACCAACCACAACUGAAAUAAUGUAUUUAUUACUUUAAACUGUUGGUUUAACUCUAACAGUUCAGAAAGUAACCACGCUUGGAGUAGCACAUGUCUGAACUGUCCCCACUUGCACCAGCGAAUAGCUAGUUUUUCGCGUGGCACUGACUGGUAAGACGCUUCAGGAGGGUGGUCACGUGUGCUAGCAAGGCAGAGGUCCCGAGUUCGCGGCAGGUAUGGGCCGAAUCGGGAGAAAGUGGUACUCGCUAAGCAAGCAGCGUGACACCCUUUACAUUGGCAAGUUUUUGUAGAACGACUGUGAGAAAGUCAGUUCUGGGGCUGCGGUCAGUUCAAUUGAAUGCUUCCCCAAAACGUUCUUCAACAUUAUUGAACAGACUUUGAGGUAGCCUACGUUUGCUCCAUUUGGUGGGUGUGGCUUGAAGCAAUGAGUUAAAUAUUUGAAGGGCAGCAGUGAAUUAUGAACCCACAACCCAACCCCUCCCCGUUUUUCAACUGGUCAUUCAGAACAGCACCAUUUCCGUUUAAUUGAAUUUUGCAUUACGUUUUUUCGUACUGAACACAGCUCUGGUGAGUUUUCUAUACUCCAAAAUUAAUGACAAUAAAAUGGUGAUACCAUUAAAAUAUAAUUUCCCCCUCCAAAAAUUAGCCUAACAACAUAUUGGUCCAUAUUAUCAGGCUGGUGUGUUAUUUAGCAAUAAGCAUUAUCACCUGUAACCCAACUGAUGCGGCAUAGUGGCUAUAAAUAAAUAGGCUGAACGGUUGCCCAUCUGUAUUUGUGCUAAUCGUUAGCUAGAUCAGUGCUUCCCAAACUUCUUCAGUCUCACCCCCGCCAAUUGAAUGAACUUAACUAUUGUUACACAAAAAUAUGGUAUAAGAAUACCUUUUACUCAUCAAGAAACAGUACCUGGUGUCCCUUACAUAUUGAAAUCAAGAAGAAAAAAAUGUAUAAAGGUGAAAUAAACCAGCUUACUGCUGUGUAAUGUCACAUGCAUCCAGGGGUGCAACUUUACGUCCCCCCCACAUUCUGAAAUUGCAUUUUUGUCCCCCCCAGUUUUAUCAUUGGAAUGUGAUACAAAACGAGGCAACAGUGUGCUUUAGGACCAUGUGUACGCCUCCGAGCGGUCGGGUAGGCCUACCCCACUUCUAAAACCAAAGUUGCGCCCAUGCAUGCAUCUACAUCAAUAAAGACUAGGGUAGGCCAAUUUAUUUUGUAGAUUUUCUCAAUUGAAAUAAAAUAUAAAGGUGGUUCUGGAAGUAUUCUCAGGGUGAUUAUUAGAUUGUAUGAACAUGAGUGUUUUCCCCCCACAAUGCUGGCAAUCAAAUGUGUUUCUAAACAUAAAUAAGGAGGAUAGGUUGCCGCUGCUUGUCAGAGUCGAGAGAAGCAGGAUGCCUCUGACAUGAGAGAUAAACAGGCUUGCUUGAGCCUGCUGCAUGAGGUUCAGAGAACAACCCUUCUGUAAUUGUGUAGCCUACUAGUGUAGCCUUCCAGUUCUUUCAAAGUUCAUAAUUGUUAUGUGAAUUAUUUAACAAACUAUUUCAGUGUGUCUGUGCGUCUCCCAAAAGGUUGUAAGUCUUUUGGGAUUUAAGUAACGGACAGAGUCCCGGUCUGCAUAGUCAGAGAUUUAUUCAUUGAGAAUUCUGCCAUCACAAUUUCAGAGUCCAUCUUUUAUACUCAUACGUCAUACAAAAAUCCCUCCUCUCUGUAGGCGGGCUGUAGUUUUCCACUUUAAAACUGCUCUCCUGACCAUCAGUUCACACACACACACACACACACAUACACACACACACACACACGCAUACAUACACACACACACACACACACACACAUACACACACACACACACACAUGCAUACACACAUACAUACACACACACACACAUACAUACACACACAUGCAUUCCUUAGUUAUCGCCGUCCUCACAAUAUCCUGCAUACUCCUUAAAAAGCCUAACAGUUUCUCUCCUCCCUUAAUUCCUCAGUUAUCAGUUGCCUGUAGACAGUUCUCCUUGUCCUUUGUUGUCUGGCCUAACUCUUACUCACAUUGCUAAAUAGUAACACAAUGUCAUAAUCUUUACUGGUCCUACACUCACACAUUCUAACACAUUUCACACAGUUUCAGGGUGUAAUAAUUAGUCAUUAAUAAUUAAUCUAUCAAUCCACCCAUUGAAGCAUAUAAGUUGGUUUGCAUAUAAAAACAUAAAACAUUGUCUCAUUCAAUAAAGGUUAAUCAGCAAUGGUACCUAACCUGUUUACCCACUAUCUGGAAACAACAGUCUAAGCCUAUAGUGAAGAACGUUUGCUUCAUCACAUCCUGCAACAUCAGUUAACUAGUACACCAUACUUAAAACAAGACUUUAAUACACAAAAUAUCAUUACAAUAACUUUUAAACUAGAGAUUUAUAGUUCUAGGUAAACAUCCAGUCUCAAACUAUCUGAAUCGCCGUCGUCCUCCACCAAGCCUGGUGGGUCAUAUUCUUCAUUCCUUAGGUCGGAGUCCGGGAUUGGGCCGUAUCUCACCAUCUGCUGUGAUACUGCUCCAACGCCUUGCUCACCAAUCCUCGGACUCAGGGAAUAAGACAACAUCCACAAAGAACAAGCAUACCCAUAGACGCGAUUGCCGCGCCUAAAAUAGUUACAACAAUAGUUUUCCAUUUACCAAACAUUUUAUCAAACCAACCAGUCAUUGAUGUAUUCAUCCCCCAGUUCUCAGCCCAUUCUUUACUUAAUGCAGUGAGACCUGCCAGUGCUCUAGUUACUGUACCAUCUGGGGCUGUAUUGUUGGGGAUAAACAUACAACAAUGACCUCCCACCAUCUUGAAAAUCCGCCCUUCUCUGCUAAAAGCAUUUCGAGAACCAAACUAUUCUGCAGGUCAUGAGUGAGGUGGCGGAUAGUUGGCCUGAGAUUCUCUUCACUGCAUCCCUUGUCUAAUUAACAAACCUUUGUAGAUGUAAUUAAUCCAGUCAACAUUUUUAUCAAUUGUAACCCACCAGAAAAACGUUGUUGUAAACCCUUCUCCAAUUUGAUCUGUGAUUCGCAUUACUUUGGUGUCUAUAACAUUGAUCAUCUCUGGGGUUCAUGGUGAAUUGGGGUGCCUUAGUAUUAUCCUUUUUAAGAGUGGUUAUUUUAAUAUCAGAACAAUUAGGUGAGGUUUGGUUUGAUCCCAAAUCUAUCACACAAGAGAACAUGGUCUGAGGCAUAGGUACAGUUACAAGGGUUGGCCUACCUGUUGAACAGGCAUAACAAUUAGUUUGACCCAACGCCCUAGCUGUGUAGUUAAUCCACCUUACCCAGAAGUUCUCAUUUGAAAUUCCUUCUACUUCUCCUUGGUUCAUUUCCUGCAAGAGGAAAUAUUAUACCCUUGGUGGUUUAGUGCUAUUUAUUCCAUUCCAUUCUCAUAGUAUGUUCCCCAGGUAUGUUUAAACACCCUUGCCCAACUUUCAUGUACACGCCCCCUUCUUACCAAAGCCCCCAAAACCUCCUAUCUCUUCAUGGGAGAAGUCGAAUGGUAUCUUGAAUCCCCCAUCUUGUCCUAAACUGACUUUAACUAUUAAAAUAAUCAUUCCCCCAAUAGUCUUUCUUGGUUUCAGUAUUUCUACGAGAUCGAAUCAGUGCAUCAUUUCCCUGUUUAGGUUGACCUGGAUUAAUCCAUAAUAUGGUUAACAUGAUGAUGCAGCUCAGAGUCCCCCAAAAUCCCCAAAACCGCCAUCCCAAUCCUGUCCCUGACCCACCUGCCUGGUACUUCCCCAUACCCAUACCUCUAUAAACACCCCACAGUGAUGAAAGGUCGGGGUAGGGUUUCUUCGUUAACAGAGUUUACCCCCGAACCCUAAUGGGUCAGUUCUUCUCUUUAACUCUGUGUGUGUUCAACGGUGUUGGUAUGUGGGCCUACCUUUUUGCAGUGGGUAACGUGGACCCAAGUGGCUCUCUCAGCUAUUCUUAUAGCGAAGGCAGUUACAGUGGGGGAAAAAAAGUAUUUAGUCAGCCACCAAUUGUGCAAGUUCUCCCACUUAAAAAGAUGAGAGAGGCCUGUAAUUUUCAUCAUAGGUACACGUCAACUAUGACAGACAAAUUGAGGAACAAAAAUCCAGAAAAUCACAUUGUAGGAUUUUUUAUGAAUUUAUUUGCAAAUUAUGGUGGAAAAUAAGUAUUUGGUCACCUACAAACAAGCAAGAUUUCUGGCUCUCACAGACCUGUAACUUCUUAUUUAAGAGGCUCCUCUGUCCUCCACUCGUUACCUGUAUUAAUGGCACCUGUUUGAACUUGUUAUCAGUAUAAAAGACACCUGUCCACAACCUCAAACAGUCACACUCCAAACUCCACUAUGGCCAAGACCAAAGAGCUGUCAAAGGACACCAGAAACAAAAUUGUAGACCUGCACCAGGCUGGGAAGACUGAAUCUGCAAAAGGUAAACAGCUUGGUUUGAAGAAAUCAACUGUGGGAGCAAUUAUUAGGAAAUGGAAGACAUACAAGACCACUGAUAAUCUCCCUCGAUCUGGGGCUCCACGCAAGAUCUCACCCCGUGGGGUCAAAAUGAUCACAAGAACGGUGAGCAAAAAAUCCCAGAACCACACGGGGGGACCUAGUGAAUGACCUGCAGAGAGCUGGGACCAAAGUAACAAAGCCUACCAUCAGUAACACACUACGCCGCCAGGGACUCAAAUCCUGCAGUGCCAGACGUGUCCCCCUGCUUAAGCCAGUACAUGUCCAGGCCCGUCUGAAGUUUGCUAGAGUGCAUUUGGAUGAUCCAGAAGAAGAUUGGGAGAAUGUCAUAUGGUCAGAUGAAACCAAAAUAGAACUUUUUGGUAAAAAUUCAACUCGUCGUGUUUGGAGGACAAAGAAUGCUGAGUUGCAUCCAAAGAACACCAUACCUACUGUGAAGCAUGGGGGUGGAAACAUCAUGCUUUGGGGCUGUUUUUCUGCAAAGGGACCAGGACGACUGAUCCGUGUAAAGGAAAGAAUGAAUGGGGCCAUGUAUCGUGAGAUUUUGAGUGAAAACCUCCUUCCAUCAGCAAGGGCAUUGAAGAUGAAACGUGGCUGGGUCUUUCAGCAUGACAAUGAUCCCAAACACACCGCCCGGGCAACGAAGGAGUGGCUUCGUAAGAAGCAUUUCAAGGUCCUGGAGUGGCCUAGUCAGUCUCCAGAUCUCAACCCCAUAGAAAAUCUUUGGAGGGAGUUGAAAGUCCGUGUUGCCCAGCGACAGCCCCAAAACAUCACUGCUCUAGAGGAGAUCUGCAUGGAGGAAUGGACCAAAAUACCAGCAACAGUGUGUGAAAACCUUGUGAAGACUUACAGAAAACGUUUGACCUGUGUCAUUGCCAACAAAGGGUAUAUAACAAAGUAUUGAGAAACUUUUGUUAUUGACCAAAUACUUAUUUUCCACCAUAAUUUGCAAAUAAAUUCAUAAAAAAUCCUACAAUGUGAUUUUCUGGAUUUUUGUUCCUCAUUUUGUCUGUCAUAGUUGACGUGUACCUAUGAUGAAAAUUACAGGCCUCUCUCAUCUUUUUAAGUGGGAGAACUUGCACAAUUGGUGGCUGACUAAAUACUUUUUUCCCCCACUGUACCAAUAGGACUUGGUAUGGUCCCUCCCAGCGUGACUGCUUUCGAUCCUUUUUCCUCAACGAUUGGAUCCACACCCAGUCUCCAGGUUAUAUACUAUGAAUCACCUUCUCCUUUAAUUCUCCUGUAGGACACAAAUUCUUAGACAUACGGUUAAUGAACAAUUUUCUCAUGUGUUCUGCUAGUGUAUUCUCUAGUUCUAUGUCUGCCUGUCUGGUCCUGCCAACUGUGGCAUUCUCUAAGGUCUUCUAAACACUUUCUCAAAGGGGGAUAACCCAUCUUUAUCUGGGGUUACUCUACAUUUCUCUAUAAAAAAACUCUAUAAAAUCAAUUUCCAAUUGCUGGAAAGGGUACUUAGCCGGAGGAUACUCACCCUGAGGUGCCCUUUGUCUGCCCUGGUGAUUAUUUUACAUCUUGAACAAAAGUAAAAAAAUAAAUAAUAAUUAAUAAUCCCAUAUGCAACAAAGUGUUGUCUAAUCUGCUCUACCAUCCAUCCCUCCUCUUGACACAUGUCACUGCCCAUGUGUCAAUAUUACCACCUACCUAAACAAUCACUUAGGUAAUAUUGGUAAUUUAUCAUCCAAUUGCCAUCCCUUAUUUAUUUUCGAGACUGUCCCUUGCUUCUUUAUUGCUCCUAUCUUCCUGAUCUCAUUACUAAAUAAAUGAUCUAGGUAAUAGCUGUUUCGCAUUAGAUUGUGCCUUCCUCUGAUUACUGCAGCUCAUUGCAUUAAUUUAGUUUCAAAUACCAACUUGUUGUUUAUUAAAGCAUAAUAAAAAUGAAAUUUAAAUGACAACAUUUGAUAAUACCUCAACUUACUUCUAUCCCGUAAAAGUAAUCCAAGAUUAGUACAAUUGACUAGCAACAGGUAUCCGUCAUUCAGGGAAAGCUCUCUCUCUCUUCUGUUAUUUUAUGGUUCAAAUCAUAUAUAUUAUUACCAAAUUAUAUAAUCUUCACACUUUUCACAGUACUAUAAAUUACCCUCAACUUGGUAAAAUAAACUAUCUUAAAGUCCUCCUCUCAUGCCUUUAGAAUUACCAGUGUGGAUGAUGAAUUAACACCAGAAAGUCAAAACAGAGUUCAGAGGCAAUUGAAAUCAUUCAACAAACUGUUCCAUCCCAUAGUAUACUAAACAUUACCAUUAUUCUAAAUAUUUCAUAAAUGUUACUUAUCCCAAGUGUUCAUUAAGUCCUCAUGACAUUUAUUCUCAUAAGAAAUCAUGUAUACCCUAAACUCAGUCAAAACAGAAAAACUCCAUAAAAUUCACUGUGUGUGCUCCUUUAAGACUUAUCACCUUUGACCUGUUGAAAACCCCCUAAAAUCAAAAUAACAAGGAUUUAUAAACAUCAUACUAGGUGUGUUGUUUUUUAUUUGAAAACCCCAAUUAAAAAACAACAAACCAAAAUAGCCAGGUCAUGAGGACUCCUGAUUUCUCUCUUCCCCUUCUCUAGUCAUGCCUCCUCUUCUUCCUCUGAUUCUGGCUUUCUCCCCCUGUCUCUUCCUCCUCUGCCUGGAUUAUACUUUCCUCCUUUUCCUCUCUUCCCCUUCUGCCUAUAGUUUCUUAACUGGUGCCCUUUCCUUCCACAGUAACUACACGGUUCCUCACAUUCUCUAGCAAAAUGUCCCGUUUUGUCACAAUUGUAACACUUCCACUCACUCCUGUCUCCACUAUUACCGUUUCCUUCUUGUCUGUCUUUGCUACCGUAACCUCUCUUCUCUCCUAGGUCCUUCCAGUCUCUCCUACCUCCCAUCUCCCCUAGGGCUGCCACUAGGUACUCAGCUCCCUUCACUUCCUUUUUCUUGUUUCGUUCCUUUCCAUUCUGCUCAUGAUAGAUUGCAUAACGCUUAACUUCAGCUAAGGUAGCCGUCCCCCAGUUUUUUAUUGCUUGAGAGAUUUCUGGCCUCAUUCCACUUAGGAAGGCAAUCUUUAACUGUUGGUGAUACGGACCCUCUGGUGCCCCUGGUCCUGGAUCUAUUAGCCCACUGUUUGCAUUGAACACAUCUCUCAGUCUCUCUAGGUAUUGACUAAUAGUCUCACUGUCUCCCUGCCUACACUCAUGGACUUUGGAGAAGUCGGCAUGUCUGUGAUAAUAUUCUCUCAGAUUAUCACAGUUGUGGCAAUUUAUCUCCAUAAGCCCCUCCUUCUGCCCACUCUAGGACCUGCGCAUUCCCAUCCCCGGGAACCCAGUUUCCUCUCACUGCCGCCCAGUCCUUUAGCUCUAUCUGUCUGACUGCCCUCUCUAGUUCCCCUGUAUUCAGCUUAAAGCUGGCGGUCAGCCCUUCCAUAUCUCUUCUGAACUGGUGUACCCCCGUCUUGGGGUGGGGUAUCCCUUCCACUGCUCUCACUACAUCUCUCUGCUUCGUUUACUAAAUCCUGGCAUUAGUAAAUUCUAUCUACACACCACCAAAAACGAAUAACAUAUUUGCAUACACAUAACUAGAAAGCAUGAAUUUAAUGCCAUUCUUGCUUAAACAAUGCAAUUCAACCUUUCUGAAAUCUAAUUACCUUUGUUAUCAACUAAAAUUAUAGCCACCUCUUAUGAAACCCCCAAUCUGUCAUUGUUUAGAAUACAGCAGAUAUAGGUAACUGUCCUUUCUAUGUAGGCUACAAGUAACACCAAACACAUGCCGUAGUUGACCAGCAUAUAUUGAAUUUAUCUCCAUAGUAUUAAUAUCCAAUGUAGUGAUUGACGUUCCUUAAUGGAAACCCUAAAUUGGCUUUGUACAAUAUUAUAUUAAUUAUGUCUCACCCAUGACGUAUGUCUACGUUUGGGUGAGCAAGUUAAUAUAUAAUUAUUAUUCCAAUUAUUAUUUUAUGAAGUCUCUAGCCUCUAAUUCAACACAAAACCCCAUCAUCAAAUGUACUCCCAGCAGAACUGAAAAAAACAAAACAGACUGUGAUUUCCAGGACAAUGCUCCUUUGUUCUGGCCUCACUAUCUCCCCGAGAGUUGGCACUCCCUUAAGGUCUCUAUUACUCCUCUUUUCUCUCCCAAUCUGCUCUUGGUAACCUGCAUACCUUUUAACCUCAAUAUGUGUUGCUGUGCUUUUCUCCACCCUAUCAAAGUAUUUUUAAUGGUCCUGCUUAUCUCUGGUCUUAUUCCACUGAGGAACGCUAUAUUUUUAAUUGCUGAUGGUAGGGCGUAUCACUCCCCUGUCUCUGGUCUGGCUCGGGUAUGCCACUGUUUGCGUUAAACACAUCUUUAACCCUCUCUAAGUACUGGCUGACAGUCUCACUAUCCUCUUGUUUACACUCAUGUACUUUAGAGAAGUCUGCAUGACGAUGGUAAUGUUCUCUGAGGCUAUUACACAAUUCAGUUAUUUUCCCAACAUACUCUCCGUGAUCGGCCCAUGGCAAAAGUGCCCUCUGGGCAUCCCCUGAAACCAACUGCCCUCUAACGGCAGCCCAAACCUUACUAUUCCUGUUUUGGGGUACGUCAUUCCUUCUACCGCUCUAGCCACGUCCUCUGUGUUCAUGGCCUGUCUGCUAAAUGGCAUAUUAUUAUUAUUAUUAUUACUGUAUACAUCUAAGGUUGCUGGGGCCCCUUCAUUCCCUGCCAAUAGAUUAGGUAAGGCUAUCAGUGGGUACUGGCCCCCUCCUACUCUCUCAUCUCCUGACUCAUACUGACUCCCUCCUGAGCUUAGCUCUGAAUCCUUCCGUUCCUCUUCUAUAUAACAAGUUAGUUAAAACAGUUUCACACCACACCUGGAAUCACCCCUUCCUGUAUAGGUACUAGUCCCCCAGAAUUAUCUCCUACUCUACGGAGGAAUUUAUCCCCACAAUGUAAUCUUGAUAAUUCCUGACAGACCCAUUCAAUAGGAAUGGGUUCUCCCUCCACUAUACAACCACCUGGAAUUAUUCAUAGAUGUGACUUUUGAGCAAAUAUUAGGUCUCACACGUAUACAACCUUACAUGAUUAUUGGUUAACACUAUCGGUAACCCGGAGUUUGUAAGGCUCCAGUUUCAUGAAACGGAUAGAGUUACGGCAAAAUCUACAGUUGUUUGUGACUUUUGACUUUACUAAUAUUCUAUUUCUCACACAUGCUAUUUUAAUUCCUUCUGGUGUACUUUUUGUAUUUGUUUAACCCGGAUUAUUUGUUGACUGUUCUAUAAUCUCUUACAGGUUACAUCCCUUAGGUGUACUUUUAAUAGUUACUUCUAUUUCAACACUGGGUAGUUUCUUUUGGUAAUGGCCUAUUACCGUGAAUCGUUACGGACCCACCAACAGGUUGACUAGUCCCCCAUAAUUAUCUCCUACUCUACGGAGGAAUUUAUCCCCACAAUGUAAUCUUGAUCAUUCCUGACAGUCCCAUACAUUUCACUUAAAAUGGCUACGCAUUGAUCAAUUUGCUACUUUUCAAUAUUUUAGCAAGUUCUUAAAUCAAUUUCACCAAGUAAUGAAUAAAGACUACUGACCUUAUCCUUGCAGCCGAGAUUCAAUGUAGGUUUGGAUUCCGUCACCGUCUCUGUCAUUAAUCAGGUGUCCUCUGGCCUGUCUUAACCCUUAAUGUCAAAGGGCAGGACUUUCUAUUUACGAAUGUAUCAUUCGCCCGUCGACGGUUUUCAGAGUUACCUGGAAUGACAGAGGCAGGUAUUGGAAUCCGGCUCGAAGGACCAAGCUGUUAAGUGAAUUAUUUAACAAACUAUUUCAGUGUCUCUGUACGUCUCCCAAAAGGUUUUUUGGGAUUUAAGUAACGGACAGAGUCCCGGUCUGCAUAGUCAGAGAUUUAUUCAUUGAGAAUUCUGCCAUCACAAUUUCAGAGUCCAUCUUUUAUACUCAUAUGUCAUACAAAAAUCCCUCCUUUCUGUAGGCAGGCUGUAGUUUUCCACUUUAAAAUUGCUCUCCUGACCAUCAGUUCACACACACACACACAUAUACACACACACACACAAACAUACAUACACACACACAUGUGCACACACACACACACACACACAUGCACACACACAUACAUACACACACAUACAUACACACACACAUGCAUUCCUUAGUUAUUGCCGUCCUCACAAUAUCCUGCAUACUCCUUAAAAAGCCUAACAGUUUCUCUCCUCCCUAAAUUCCUCAGUUAUCAGUUGCCUGUAGACAGUUCUCCUUGUCCUUUGUUGUCUGGCCUAACUCUUACUCACAUUGCUAAAUAGUAACACAAUGUCAUAAUCUUUACUGGUCCUACACUCACACAUUCUAACACAUUUCACACAGUUUCAGGGUGUAAUAAUUAGUUAUUAAUAAUUAAUCUAUCAAUAAUAUUACCAAAGUUGUCUUUGAACAUAGUUGAGCCUAAUAUAACCAUUACAAAUUAUCUGUCAUUUUGAGAAAUAGUGCUCACGCGAUAUGUCACUUUGCAAUAGAAACUUUCUCUAUUUGAAAAAUAUCAUUUUCUAUAUAAUUCUAUAUAUUUGUGCUUAUGAAUUUACCAUGUUAAAUAUGACUGUAUUUCUUUAUUUGUUACAAGUUAGCUCACAGAAUUAAGGGUUUUCAAGCCUUGCAAAACUUUUUUUCCCUUCACAAACCAUGACCUCUGACGACCAGACCAAACCAAAGCAUAAUUGGCAGCGGGGGGGAUCCAUUCAUAAAAUUAGGAAUUGAGUAGUACUGUGUAGAAAGCCAGGACCUAUGGUGGUUAAAUAAUUUCCCAUCCAUCAAAUUUAUAGUAGUAUUAUACAGUCCUAUGUAGUAUUAUACAGUGCUAGUAGUAUACAGUGCUAUGAAAAAGUAUUUGCCCCCUUUCUAAUUUUCUCUACUUUUGCAUAUUUGUGAUACUGAAUGUUAUCAGAUCUUCAACCAAAACCUAAUAUUAGAUCAAGGGAACAUAAGUGAACAAAUAACACAACAAUUACGUAUUUAUUUAAUUUAUUCCAGGUCCUGAGGCAGCAAAGCAUCCCCAAACCAUCACACCACCACCACCAUGCUUGACCUUUGGUAUGUUGUUCUUACUGUGGAAUGAAGUGUUUGGUUUUCGCCAGGCAUUACUGGAACCAUGUCUUCCAAAAAGUUAUACUUUUGAAUCAUCUGUCCAUAGAACGUUCUUCCAAGAGUCUUGAUGAUCAUCCAGGUGCUUUUUGGCAAACUUGAGUCAACUUUUUGGACGAGAUGGGUCCCAUUAUGCCUGGCAAAAACCAAACACUGCAUUCCACAGUAAGAACAUCAUACCAAAGGUCAAGCAUGGUGGUGGUGGUGUGAUGGUUUGGGGAUGCUUUGCUGCCUCAGGACCUGGACGACUUGCCUUAAUAGAAGGAACCAUGAAUUCUGCUCUGUAUCAGAGAAUUCUACAGGAGAAUGUCAGACCAUCCGUCUGUGAGCUGAAGCUGAAGCGCAGCUGGGUCAUGCAGCAAGACAAUGAUCCAAAACACACAAUCAAGUCUACAUGAAAAUUGCUAAAAAGCAACAAAUUGGAAGUUUUGGAAUGGCCUAGUCAAAGUCCAGACCUAAUCCCAAUUGAGAUGCUGUGGCAGGACUUGAAACGAGCAGUUCAUGCUUGAAAACCCACACGUCACUGAGUUAAAGCAGUUCUGCAUGGAAGAGUGGGCCAAAAUUCCUCCACAGCGACGUGAGAGACUGAUCAACAACUACAGGAAGCAUUUGGUUGGAGUCAUUGCAGCUAAAGGUGGCACAACCAGUUAUUGAGUGUAAGGGGGCAAUUACUUUUUCACACAGGGGAAUUGGGUGUUGCAUAACUUUGUUUAUGAAAUAAAUAUGUAAUUGUUGUGUUAUUUGUUCACUUAUGUUCCCUUUAUCUAAUAUUGGGUUUUGGUUGAAGAUCUGAUAACAUUCAGUAUCACAAAUAUGCAAAAGUAGAGAAAAUUAGAAAGGGGGCAAAUACUUUUUCAUAGCACUGUAUUAUUGGUGGGGUCAUGAUCCCCCAAGUUACGCACCUGGCUUCAUGGUUUAUUAAACUAGAGGUUGAUUUAUGACUAAUUAGGUUAAUAAGUAGUUUAUAUACUGUUAUUCAUUAAUAAAUAUACACUGUGUACAAAACAUUAGGAGCACCUUCCUAAUAUUUAGUGCACCACCCUUUGCCCUCAGAACAGCCUCAAUUUGUCAGGGCAUGGACUACAAUGUGUCAAAAGCAUUCCACAGGCAUGCUGGCCCAUGUUGACUCCAAUGCUUCCCACAGUUGUGUCAAGUUGGCUGGAUGUCCUUUGGGUGGUGGACCAUUCUUGAUACUUACGGGACACUGUUGAGCAUGAAAAACCCAGCAGCUUUGCAGUUCUUGACACCCUCAAACCGGUGCGCCUGGCACCUACUACCAUACCCCGUUAAAAGGCAUUUAAAUAUUUUGUCUUGCCCAUUCACCCUCUGAAUGGCACACAUACACAAUCAAUGUCUCAAGGCUUCUUUAACCUGUCUCCUCCCCUUCAUCUACACUGAUUGAAGUGGAUUUAACAGGUGACAUCAAUAAGGGAUCAUAAUUUUCACCUGGAUUCACAUGGUCAGUCUAUGUCAUGGAAAUGUUUUGUACACUCAGUGUAUAUUUUGUGAAUCAUUCAUUCAUAUUAAAUAUUAAUAAUAUAGGACUGUCUCACUGUGCAUUUCCAACACAUCUUUGUGUACAUUUCCAGAAUCUAAGAUCUUCUUCUCUUUGCCCCCAACCCAGGUUGAACACAAGAAACUGUACGGCCCCAUCUGGCGCUCGCGGUUCGGCCCGUUUGACGUGGUGAACGUGGCAUCUCCAGAGCUUAUAUCCCAGGUGAUACAUCAGGAGGGCUGCUACCCGGUCCGGACAGAGCUGCCACACUGGAAGGAGUACCGCGACAUGAGGGGACAGGCCUAUGGACUCCAUGUGGAGUGAGUGGCCGAUGAGAUUGUGUCGCAAUCUGCAUUGAACCACAUGAAGAACUAUUCCUAGAUGGGGUGUAGGAAAGGGAAUGGAUAAUACUUACACCCACUGUUCCCUCGAAUAUUCUGGGGCACUGAGCACAUUUUUGCUCUUGUGAGCGGAAACAUGAACAUUGUGCAACUUCCAGGGUGUUUGCAGUAAACUCUGAGGCAGUACCCUUACAGUUUUAGACAGUAGCCAAUAGGCUAUUCUGGCUAUUUGAGCAUAAUGUAGGCCUACCAACAAAACCAUUGGAGCAAAUCCCAUAACAUUUUCACCUGGAAAUUGCUUUUGAUUUUUGUGAUAUAGACUACAGUAGCCUAUACAGUAAGGGGAAAAUAGUAUUUGAUCCCCUGCUGAUUUUGUACGUUUGCCCACUGACAAAGAAAUGAUCAGUCUAUAAUUUUAAUGGUAGGUUUAUUUGAACAGUGAGAGACAGAAUAACAACAACAAAAUCUAGAAAAACUCAUGUCAAAAAUGUUAUACAUUGAUUUGCAUUUUAAUGAGGGAAAUAAGUAUUUGACCCCUCUGCAAAACAUGACUUAGUACUUGGUGGCAAAACCCUUGUUGGCAAUCACAGAGGUCAGACGUUUCUUGUAGUUGGCCACCAGGUUUGCACACAUCUCAGGAGGGAUUUUGUCCCACUCCUCUUUGCAGAUAUUCUCCAAGUCAUUAAGGUUUUGAGGCUGACGUUUGGCAACUCGAACCUUCAGCUCCCUCCACAGAUUUGCUAUAGGAUUAAGGUCUGGAGACUGACUAGGCCACUCCAGGACCUUAAUGUGCUUCUUCUUGAGCCACUCCUUUGUUGCCUUGGCUGUGUGUUUUGGGUCAUUGUCAUGCUGGAAUACCCAUCCAUGACCCAUUUUCAAUGGCCUGGCUGAGGGAAGGAGGUUCUCACCCAAGAUUUGACGGUACAUGGCCCCGUCCAUCGUCCCUUUGAUGUGAAGUUGUCCUGUCCCCUUACCAGAAAAACACCCCCAAAGCACAAUGUUUCCACCUCCAUGUUUGAAGGUGGGGAUGGUGUUCUUGGGGUCAUAGGCAGCAUUCCUCCUCCUUCAAACACGGCGAGUUGAGUUGAUGCCAAAGAGCUCCAUUUUGGUCUCAUCUGACCACAACAUUUCACCCAGUUCUCCUCUGAAUCAUUCAGAUGUUCAUUGGCAAACUUCAGACGGGCCUGUAUAUGUGCUUUCUUGAGCAGGGGGACCUUGCGUGCGCUGCAUGAUUUCAGUCCUUCAUGGCGUAGAGUGUUACCAAUUGUUUUCUUGGUGACUAUGGUCCCAGCUGCCUUGAGAUCAUUGACAAGAUCCUCCCGUGUAGUUCUGGGUGAUUCCUCACCGUUCUCAUGAUCAUUGCAACUCCACGAGGUGAGAUCUUGCAUGGAGCCCCAGGCCGAGGGAGAUUGACAGUUAUUUUGUGUUUCUUCCAUUUGCGAAUAAUCGCACCAACUGUUUUCACCUUCUCACCAAGCUGCUUGGCGAUGGUCUUGUAGCCCAUUCCAGCCUUGUGUAGGUCUACAAUCUUGUCCCUGACAUCCUUGGAGAGCUCUUUGGUCUUGGCCAUGGUGGAGAGUUUGGAAUCUGAUUGAUUAAUUGCUUCUGUGGACAGGUGUCUUUUAUACAGGUAACAAACUGAGAUUAGGAGUACGCCCUUUAAGAGUGUGCUCCUAAUCUCAGCUCGUUACCUGUAUAAAAGACACCUGGGAGCCAGAAAUCUUUCUGAUUGAGAGGGGGUCAAAUACUUAUUUCCCUCAUUAAAAUGCAAAUCAAUUUAUAACAUUUUUGACAUGCGUUUUUUCUGGGUUAUUUUGUUGUUAUUCUGUCUCUCACUGUUCAAAUAAACCUACCAUUAAAAUGAUAGACUGAUCAUUUCUUUGUCAGUGAGCAAACGUACAAAAUCAGCAGGGGAUCAAAUACUUUUUUCCCUCACUGUAUGUGGUGUUCAAUGCAGGCCUAUAUUGCAUGAGCCUUUUAAAAACGUUUUUAUAUUAUGAAGGGCUUGAUAUUAAUUAUUCUUUACUUGGUCUGUAACACCAUGGGCCAAAUAGGUGACUGGAAAUAGCAUUGUAUUGUGUUGUAUGAUGCAAGAAACCACUUUACAAAAUAAAAUUAACUAUUAUUAACAUACAGAGAAUUAGACAAUGUAGGCUACCCCUCUGCCUAUUGGCUUAUUUGCAUAUUCAAGCAUGUCUCAAAAUACAACACUGCCCCUUUAAUUAAGAUGUAAGCUUUUUACCUGACUAGCUUUUCAAAGACAGCUUGAAAUGUGGCCUAAACGUUUUGUGCUCUUGUAUGAAGCAGUAACUUCCCAUUGCUGACCUAUACUUAUCAAUAACUGGGCGAAUAACUCGCUAACUAGCAAAGAAUAUCAACAAAUGUGCACACGCGCACUCUGAUCUGAACUGAUCUGAAAAGCGCAUUCACGCAUGGGUGAUUGAAAGACCGCUCAUGGGCUACCCCCGCCAAUAGAAUUAUACUCCUGUGCGCUCUGGCUCUGCCUACAACUAAAUCACAGACUCAAACUUGCAAAGUUAGAUUUGUUUUGGUUUAUUGCAUUGAAAAGGGGCAAAUAUUCGAUCACAGAAAAAAACUUUAAUCUAUGUGGCGACCUCAGUGAAGUUCAAUCUCUUGCGUCUCUGCACGGCAUGGCAUUUCUUCUGCUCGGCAGUCCUGGAGGUGCACAGCUUAGAGGGAACAUUGCUUGCACCCUAUACUUCAAAGAUACAUUAUGACUGUUAUUGGUAAUAAAUCAUUGCCUUGGGUAAAAGCAAUGUUGGUCUGGUUUGAGGAAACCAUGGUCCUGCAGGUAAGCUUGUUUCAGUAGUACCUCCACCUCCAACAUUAUCCAUCUAACCUACAGGUAACUGCCAAAUUAAAGGAAACGCCAACGUAGCGUCUUAAUGGGGCAUUGGGCCACCACUAGUCGCCAGAAAAGCUUGAAUGCGCCUUGGCAUAGAUUCUACAAGUGUCUGGAACUCUAUUGGAGGGAUGUGACACCAUUAUUCCACGAGAAAUUUCAUCAUUUGGUGUUUUAUUGAUGGUGGUGGAAAACACUGUCUCAGGCGCUGCUCUAUAAUCUUCCAUAAGUGUUCAAUUGGGUUGAGAUCUAGUGACUGACACACACACACACACACUUUAAACCCCCUAUGCUCAUUUGAGAUCCAUGGUGGGAUGUUAAUUGCUUAAUUAACUCAUGAACCACACCUGUGUGGAAUCACUUGCUUUAAAAAUAUUUUGUAUCCCUCAUUUACUUAAGUUGUUCCUUUAUUUUGGCCGUUACCUGUAGAUAUACCGCUACCCCUUUAUUCUGAAUAUCUACUGUAGAUUCACUGUCUGUCUCCUGUCCUCUCCUCUCCUACAGUAAAGGCCCAGAGUGGUACCGUAUCCGUAGUGCCCUGAAUCCAAAGAUGCUGAAGCUAGCGGAGGUGUCUGCGUAUGCGCCUGUCAUCCACCAGGUGGUAGGGGACCUGCUACAGCGUAUUGAGAGGCUCCGUCUCAGCAGUCAGGACCACACCACCGUACCAGACAUCACCGCAGAGCUCUACAAGUUUGGCUUUGAAGGUGUGGUAUCAUUGGUUCAUUCAAUAUUUUUUAUGCUUUUAACUCCUUCAGAAUCACACACACACCGAGUGGGGUUGGAAACCAGGGUCAGCCACAGUGCCGUGCCCCUAGAGCAGCUUAGGUAAAGUGCCUUGCUCAGGGGCACAACGGCAGGAGAUGGCAUAAAGGAUACCUAGAAUCCCACCAGCUCUGUGUAGUCCUUAUGGUUCACUCUGUUCUCUCCCUCCCUGCAGGUAUCUCUUCCAUCCUGUUUGAGACGCGCCUGGGUUGUCUGCAGGAGGAGAUCCCUAAGGACACGCUGAAGUUUAUCGCUGCAGCCAACGACAUGCUAACCCUGUCUGAGACAGUCCUCUUCCUACCGCUCUGGACACGCAACGUCCUGCCCUUCUGGAAACGAUUUAUCCAAGCCUGGGACGACCUCGUGGAUGUAGGUAUGUUUGUAAAUAAUGUUAGGGGGUCCUUCUAUUGAGCGAUCGGCAGACUUAAAGGUGUAGGUGGAAAGUAGACAUGGUAGGUUCGACCUCCACAAUGCAAGCAUAGGGUUAUUUCUACUUCACAAUUGCUUGCACUGUCACUUGCAUGUCAGCCACUAAGCACUGUUGAGUAGUCUCAGAAAUCACAGAUUCUGAACUUUGUUAAUGUGGGAGGCAACCCGUCUGCCUAGGGAGACUAACUGUUGAGCUGUGUUCGCUAUUGAGACUCAUGUUGUGUGUUUGUGUGUGUCCCCUACAUGAAUGUGUGUGUUCAAUGUAUUUCUAUAUAAACCCUCAGCUCAGCGUCUGGUUGACCGUAAAUUGGCGCAGAUGGAAGCCCAGGUGCUGGCUGGGAAGCAGGUGGAGGGGAUGUAUCUGACCCACCUGCUGUCCUGUGAUAAACUGUCCCUGGGAGAGGUGUACAUCAGCAUCACAGAGCUGUUGCUGGGCGGAGUGGACACGGUGAGAGGAGAGGGUCAUGGGAGGUCCUACAUAGAGGAAGGUGGUGCUAUACACAACAGCAGGGUCAUGUUCUGUAGGACACACCGUAAACAAACCUAUUGAAAUGGAAAACGAACAUGUGAAUUUCUUAUUGGCAAAAUUUGAUUAUUUCCUCCACAUUUCAAAAUGUUUUCUUCUGUUUUGUGCGUACUGGACAUGUCCUAGGGAAUGGGUGGCGUGAUGGAGUCAGAGGCUUUUGUAGGGUGGAGGUGUAUUUUGGCUUUAAGAUUGCAUGAUUCUCCCCAGGCCAUAAAUACUGAGACCAUUUGCUUUAGUUUGUAGACAUAUACAGUACCAGUCAAAAGUUUGGACACACCUACUCAUUCAGGGGUUUUUCUUUAUUUUUACUAUUUUCUACAUAGUAGAAUAAUAGUGAAGACAUCAACACUAUGAAAUAACACAUAUGGAAUCAUGUAGUAACCAAAAAAGUGUUAAACAAAUCAACAUUUAUUUUAUAUUUGAGAUUCUUCAAAUAGCCACCCUUUGCCUUGAUGACAGCUUUGCACACUCUUGGCAUUCUCUCAACUAGCUUCACCUGGAAUGCUUUUCCAACAGUCUUGAAGGAGUUCCCACAUAUGCUUAGCACUUGUUGGCUGCUUUUCCUUCACUCUGCCGUCCGACUCAUCCCAAACCAUCUCAAUUGGGUUGAGGUUGGGGGAUUGUGGAGGCCAGGUAAUCUGAUGCAGCACUCCAUCACUCUCGUUCUUGGUAAAAUAGCCCUUACACAGCCUGGAGGUGUGUUGGGUCAUUGUCCUGUUGAAAAACAAAUGAUUGUCCCACUAAGCCCAAACCAGAUGGGAUGGCGUAUCACAGCAGAAUGCUGUGGUAGCCAUGCUGGUUAAGUGUGCCUUGAAUUCUAAAUAAAUCACAGACAGUGUCACCAGCAAAGCACCCCCACACCAUAACACCUCCUCCUCCAUGCUGUACGAUGGGAACUACACAUGCGGAGAUCAUCCGUUCACCCACACCGCGUCUCACAAAGACACAGCGGUUGGAACCAAAAAUCUCAAAUUUGGACUGCAGACCAAAGGACACAUUUCCACCGGUCUAAUGUCCAUUGCUCGUGUUUCUUGGCCCAAGCAGAUCUCUUCUUAUUAUUGGUGUCCUUUAGUAGUGGUUUCUUUGCAGCAAUUAAACCAUGAAUUCAAUUCAACCAAGUCGCUCUGGAUAAGAGCGUCUGCUAAAUAACUAAAAUGUAAUGUAAAUGUAAAAUGUAAAUGUAAUGAAGGCCUGAUUCACACAGUCCCCUCUGAACAGUUGAUGUUGAGAUGUGUCUGUGACUUGAACUCUGUGAAGCAUUUAUUUGGGCUGCAAUUUCUGAAGCUGGUAACUAAUGAACUUAUCCUCUGCAGCAGAGGUAACUCUGGGUCUUCCUUUCCUGUGGCGGUCCUCAUGAGAGCCAGUUUCAUUAUAGCGCUUGAUGGUUUUUGCGACUGCACUUGAAGAAACUUUAAAACUUCUUGAAAUGUUCUGUAUUGACUGACCUUCAUGUCUUAAAGUAAUGAUGGACUGUUGUUUCUCUUUGCUUAUUUGAGCUGUUCUUGCCAUAAUAUGGACUUGGUCUUUUACCAAAUAGGGCUAUCUUCUGUAUACCCCCUACCUUGUCACAACACAACUGAUUGGCUCAAACGCAUUAAGAAGGAAAGAAAUUCCACAAAUUAACUUUUAAGAAGGCACACCUGUUAAUUGAAAUGCAUUCCAGGUGACUACCUCAUGAAGCUGGUUGAGAGAAUGCCAACAGUGUGCAAAGCUGUCAUCAAGGCAAAGGGUGGGUAUUUGAAGAAUCUCAAAUAUAAAACAUAUUUUUAUUUGUUUAACACUUUUUUGGUUACUAACUUUUAAUUUAUUUUAGAGGGUACAAAAUGCACUCACUCACACACGCACAUAACCACAGACAAAUACACAGUAACCAUACAAACACAGCAGAACCUGCCUGGCUGAAUUCCCUGGUGCAAGCUUCAUGCUCUAUUUAUUCAACCUUUAUUGUCACGCCCUGGCUCUGGGGACUCUUAAUUGUUGAGCCAGGGUGUGGAUGUUUUAUGUUUAUUUUAUUUUUUUAGUAUGUUUAGUUUUUUUUUUUUUUAGAUCGUUUAGUUGAUCUAUGUUGGCCAGGGUGGUUCCCAAUCAGAGACAGCUGUAGCUCGUUGUCUCUGAUUUGUGACCAUACUUAGGCAGCCUGUUGGCACCAGUUAGUUUGUGGGAUCUUGAUCCGUAAAGGUUUGUUGUGUUAUAACCUCAGGACUUCACGUAUCGUUCAUUUGUUGUUUUGUUCGUGUAAGUACUAAUAAAAGAUGUACGCUUAUCACGCUGCACCUUGGUCCGUCUCAUCCAUUAACGAUCGUGACAGAAGAUCCCACCCCAAGAGGACCAAGCAGCGUGCCCAGGAGGAGAAGAGGGCGAUGUCUCAGGUGGGCGAAUGGUGGUCAUGGGAGGAGAUAUUCGCGGGCAGAGGGCCAUGGGCAAAGGUAAAUGCCCAGGCAGGAGAGGAGAAACGGCGCCAACCGUGCCGACGACGGACACGCGAGAGGCAACCCCAAGACAUUUUUUGGGGGGGGCACACGGCGUGGACGACGGGGCUGCUGGAGGCAGCUACAGGGCGAAUCAGCGGACUAGGAGAGGAGGCCACCAGGUUACGGGGGCCAUUGGUCAUGAGGGAGAAGGAGAGUGUAGAGGCACGGCGAGAGGUACUGGUUAGGCAGCAGAGGGAGCGGAGGUUUAUAAGGAAACCCAGUCCCGCUCCUCGCACCAAGCAAGUGGUGUGUGUCACCAGUCCGGUCCGGCCCGUUCCUGGUCCCCGCACAAGACCAGUGGUGUGUGUUCCCAGUACGGUCCGGCCUGUUCCUGCUCCCCACACCAAGCCAGUGGUGCCCGUCGCCAGCCCGGUCCGGCCUGUUCCUGCUCCCCGCACCAAGCCAGUGGUGCCCGUCGCCAGCCCGGUCCGGCCUGUUCCUGCUCCCCGCACCAAGCCUGUGGUGCGCGUCGCCAGCCCGGUCCGGCCUGUUCCUGCCCCUCGCACCAAGCCAGUGGUGCGCGUCGUCAGCCCGGUCCGGCCCGUUCCUGCUCCCCGCACCAAGGCAGUGGUGCGCGUCGUCAGCCCGGUCCGGCCGGUUCCUGCUCCCCGCACCAAGCCAGUGGUGCGCGUCGCCAGCCCGGUCCGGCCUGUUCCUGCUCCCCGCACCAAGCCAGUGGUGCACGUCGCCAGCCCGGUCCGGCCUGUUCCUGUCCCUCGCACCAAGCCUGUGGUGCGCGUCGCCAGCCCGGUCCGGCCUGUUCCUGCUCCCCGCACCAAGCCUGUGGUGCGCGUCGCCAGCCCGGUCCGGCCCGUUCCUGCUCCCCGCACCAAGCCUGUGGUGCGCGUCGCCAGCCCGGUCCGGCCCGUUCCUGCUCCCCGCACCAAGCCUGUGGUGCGCGUCGCCAGCCCGGUCCGGCCCGUUCCUGCUCCCCGCACCAAGCCAGUGGUGCGCGUCGCCAGCCCGGUCCGGCCCGUUCCUGCUCCCCGCACCAAGCCUGUGGUGCGCGUCGCCAGCCCGGUCCGGCCCGUUCCUGCUCCCCGCACCAAGCCAGUGGUGCGCGUCGCCAGCCCGGUCCGGCCUGUUCCUGCUCCCCGCACCAAGCCAGUGGUGCGCGUCGUCAGCCCGGUCCGGCCCGUUCCUGCUCCCCGCACCAAGCCAGUGGUGCGCGUCGUCAGUCCGGCACGGCCCGUGCCUGUUCCACCGGUGUUCAGUCCAGCUCCGGCCAGCGGGGCCAGACCAGACCAGGGGCGCAACGGGGGGGUAGAGAGAGAGUGGUGGUCACGCCCGGAGCCGGAUCCGCCUCCGAGGCGGAAUGCCCACCCGGCCCCUACCCUGUUGUGUUGGUGUGGCGCGGUCGCAGUCCGCGCCUUUGGGGGGGGGGGGGGUACUGUCACGCCCUGGCUCUGGGGACUCUUAAUUGUUGAGCCAGUGUGUGGAUGUUCUAUGUUUAGUUUUUCUAUGUUUGGUUCUAGAUCGUUUAGUUGAUCUAUGUUGGCCAGGGUGGUUCCCAAUCAGAGACAGCUGUAGCUCGUUGUCUCUGAUUUGUGACCAUACUUAGGCAGCCUGUUGGCACCAUUUAGUUUGUGGGAUCUUGAUCCGUUGUCACGAUCGUCUGGGUAAGGAGUAGACCAAUACGCAGCGUGUUGAGCGAACAUGAUUGACUUUAUUAUACUAACGCACAAAAACCAAAACAAUAGACGACUCGUGAAGUCCACAGUAACAAUGACCGUAAAGGAACAAAAACCCACAAACCCAAAGUGAAACACAGACAGUUAAAUAUGGCUCCCAAUCAGAGACAACCAGCAAACAGCUGACACUCGUUGCCUCUGAUUGGGAGUCACUCAGUCACACAUAGAAAUGAACACAACAGAAAUACCAACAUAGAAAUACACCCAAUGAAUGAACACACCCUGGCUCAACAUAAUGAGUCCCAGAACCAGGGUGUGACAGUACCCCCCCCUAAAGGCGCGGACUGCGACCGCGCCUCAACUAAACAAAACAGGGGAGGGCUGGGCGGGCAUACCUCCUCGGCGGCGGUUCUGGCUCCGGCCUUGACCACCACCCUCCAAUAAACCCCCCAUAGUGCCCCUGGUCCAGUCUGUCGACUCGCACCCCUGGCUUGGUGCGUGGAGGAGGAACGGACCUUACCAGGCUGACUUCUCGCACCCCUGGCUUAGUGCGAGUGGCAGGAACAGGCCGGACCGGGCUGGCGACGCGCACCGUAGGUUUGGUGCGAGUGGCAGGAACAGGCCGGGUCGGGCUGGCGACGCGCACCGUAGGUUUGGUGCGAGUGGCAGGAACAGGCCGGGUCGGGCUGGCGACGCGCACUGUAGGUUUGGUGCGAGUGGCAGGAACAGGCCGGGUCGGGCUGGCGACGCGCACCGUAGACUUGGUGCGGGUGGCAGGAACAGGCCGGGUCGGGCUGGCGACGCGCACCGUAGACUUGGUGCGGGUGGCAGGAACAGGCCGGGCUGGGCUGACGACGCACACCGUAGGCUUGGUGCGUGGAGCGGGAACAGGCCGGGCUGGGCUGUCGACGCACACCGUAGGCUUGUUGCGUGGAGCAGGGACAGGCCGGACUGGGCUGGCGACGCACACCGUAGGCUUGGUGCGUGGAGCAGGGACAGGCCGGACAGGGCUGGCGACGCACACCGUAGGCUUGGUGCGUGGAGCAGGGACAGGCCGGGCUGGGCUGACGACGCACACCGUAGGCUUGGUGCGUGGAGCGGGAACAGGCCGGGCUGGGCUGUCGACGCACACCGUAGGCUUGUUGCGUGGAGCAGGGACAGGCCGGACUGGGCUGGCGACGCAGACCGUAGGCUUGGUGCGUGGAGCAGGGACAGGCCGGGCUGGGCUGGCGACGCACACCGUAGGCUUAUUGCGUGGAGCAGGGACAGGCCGGACCGUACUGGGAACACACACCACUGGCUUUAAACGGGGAUCAGGAACGGGCCGGACCGGACUGGCAAUACACCUCAGUACCUCUCGCCGUGCCUCUACGACUUCCUUCCCUCCUCUCGCCAAUGGCUCCCGUAACCCGGUGGCCUUCUCUCCUCGUCUCCUAUUUCGCCCUGUGGCAGCCUCCUGCUGCCCAGUCGCCCACGCCGUGUGCCCCCCCCUAAAAAAUUAUUGGGGGUGCCUCCCGUCCGUCCGACGAUGGCACUGCUGACGCCGCUGCUCCUCUCCUGCCUGGGUCUCCCCCUUCAUAGCCCUCCGGUACCGGACGGCCUCCUCCUCGGUAAUCUGCCCCCAACCGAGGAGGACAUCCACCAGCGUCACCUCCUGCGUUUGUUCCUGGACACGCUGCUUGGUCGUUGUAUGGUGGGUUUUUCUGUCACGAUCGUCUGGGUAAGGAGUAGACCAAUACGCAGCGUGUUGAGCGAACAUGAUUGACUUUAUUAUACUAACGCACAAAAACCAAAACAAUAGACGACUCGUGAAGUCCACAGUAACAAUGACCGUAAAGGAACAAAAACCCACAAACCCAAAGUGAAACACAGACAGUUAAAUAUGGCUCCCAAUCAGAGACAACCAGCAAACAGCUGACACUCGUUGCCUCUGAUUGGGAGUCACUCAGUCACACAUAGAAAUGAACACAACAGAAAUACCAACAUAGAAAUACACCCAAUGAAUGAACACACCCUGGCUCAACAUAAUGAGUCCCAGAACCAGGGUGUGACAUCCGUAAAGGUUUGUUGUGUUAUAACCUCAGGACUUCACGUAUCGUUCAUUUGUUGUUUUGUUCGUGUAAGUACUAAUAAAAGAUGUACGCUUAUCACGCUGCGCCUUGGUCCGUCUCAUCCAUUAACGAUCGUGACAUUUAUGUAACGUCAUUAGCUAAACAUUUGGAAAUCAGUGUUCUCAUUUGAGAUGGUCUUAUUCAAUGACUAGAUGUCACUUGAAAUGAUCUACUGUUCCAAAGUACUUUCCUCAGCUGCUUUUAUGAUGAAUUGAUGUCAGUAAAUGUUGAUGAUCACUGAUAACUUGUCUCUGAUACAGCCUCCACCACUCCCUCAACUUGUAAUACUUGUUUUGAAACAGCAGCACUUUAAUUGUCCAAGUCAAAUUUCCCUUCAGGGACAAUUAAGUAUACUGAACAAAAAUCUAAACGCAACAUGCAACAAUUUCAAAGAUUGUACUGAGUUACAGUUCAUAUAAGAACUCAGUCAAUUGAAAUAAAUAAAUUAGGCCCUAAUCUAUGGAUUUCACAUGACUGGGAAUACAGAUAUGCAUCUGUUGGUCACAGAUACCUUAAAAGAAAAAGUAGGGUCUCCCAAGUGGCACAGCGGUCUAAGGCGUCACUACAGAUCCAGGUUCGAUCCCGAGCUGUGUCGCAGCCGGCCGCGAUCGGGAGACCCAUGAGGCGACACACAAUUGGCCCAGCGUCGUCCGGGUUAGGGGAGGGUUUGGCUGGCCAGGAUGUCCUUGUCCCAUCACGCACUAGCGACUCCUGUGGCGGGCCGGGCGCAGUGCACGCUGACUCGGUCACCAGUUGUACGGUGUUUCCUCCGACACAUUGGUGCGGCUGGCUUCCGGGUUAAGCGAGCAGUGUGUCAAGAAGCAGUGCGGCUUUGCAGGGUCGUGUUUCGGAGGACACAUGGCUCUCGACCUUCGUCUCUCCCGAGUCCGUACAGGAGUUGCAGCGAUGGGACAAGACUGUAACUACCAAUUGGAUAUCACAAAGUUGGGGCGUGGAUCAGAAAACCAGUCAGUAUCUGGUGUGACCACCAUUUGCCUCAUGCAGCGCGACACAUCUCUUUCACAUAGAGUUGAUCAGGCUGAUUGUGGAAUGUUGUCCGACUCCUCUUCAAUGGCUGUGCAAUUUUGCUGGAUAUGGGCGAGAACUGGAACAUGCUGUCGUACACGUCGAUCCAGAGCAUCCUAUACAUGCUCAAUGGGUGACAUGUCUGGUGAGUAUGCAAGCCAUGGAAGAAGUGGGACAUUUUCAGCUUCCAGAAAUUGUGUACAGAUCCUUGCGACAUGGGGCAGUGCAUUAUCAUGCUGAAACAUGAGGUGAGGGCAGUGGAUGAAUGGCACGACAAUGGGCCUCAGGAUCUCAUCACGGUAUCUCUGUGCAUUCAAAUUGCCAUUGCUAAAAUGCAAUUGUGUUCGUUGUCUGUAGCUCAUGCCUGCCUAUACCAUUACCCCACCGCCACAAUGGGGCACUCAGUUCACAACGUUGACAUCAACAAACCGCUCACUCACACGACGCCAUACACGUGGUCUGCGGUUGUGAGGCCGUUGGACAUACUGCCAAAUUCUCUAAAACAAUAUUGGAGGUGGCUUAUGGUAGAGUAAUGAACAUUCAAUUCUCUGGCAACAGCUCAGGUGGACAUUCCUGCAGUCAGCAUACCAAUUGCACGCUCCUUCAAAACUUUAGACAUCUGUGGCAUUGUGUUGUGUGACAAAACUGCACAUUUUAGAGUGGCCUUUUAUUGUCCCAAGCACAAGGUGCACCUGUGUAAUAAUGAUCAUGCUGUUUAAUCAGCUUCUUGAUAUGCCACACCUGUCAGGUGGAUGGAUUAUCUUGGCAAAGGAGAAAUGCUCGCUAACAGGCAUGUAAACAAAUGUACGCACAACAUUUGAGAGAAAUAAGCUUUUUGUGAGUAUGGAAAAUUUCUAGGAUAUUGUAUUUCAGCUCAUAAACCAUGGUAUUAACACUACAUGCGUUUAUAUUUUUGUUUUAGUAUAUUUUAUAUCACUUCAUCUUUCUUUCUAUCGUCCUUCUCCUUCCGCCUCAGACGUCCAACACCUUGUCGUGGGCGUUGUACCACUUAGCUCGCGACACUGCGUCCCAGGACAUGCUGUACCGUGAGAUCAUGUCCGUGUGUCCAGGAAGACAGCAGCCCAGAUCAGAGGACGUGAGCAGGAUGCCCUACCUGAAGGCUGUCAUCAAGGAGACUCUGAGGUGAAUACACGCACAUAGGCACGGAUGCACACGUUCACACACGCAGGUUCUGAGGUGAACACACGCACAUGCACACAUGCACACACAUACACACACACACACAUACAUCAAGAAUGGCGACCUGCAACUGGCCUCUUGUUUUGAGCAUGCCUGGUCAAAGAGAGUUUGUGCGCGUGUGUUUGCUUGCAUUUUCCUUGCCCUAAUUAUACUGAUAAUGACUGAUAAGUGAGAUAACGUGUUGGCAUUUCGUGCAGAUGUUCAAGGUGGAGGCAUGGGGCAUGUUUUUCAGACAGUUAAUAUAAGGAGGAGGGGUGGGCAGCAAUGUCCUUAUAUAACCUGAACGGUGUGUUCAAAUUUGAAUUGUCACAUGCUUCGUAAACAACAGAUGUAUACUAACAGUGAAAUGCUUACUUACGGGCCCUUCCCAACAAUGCAGAAGUAAAAAAUUGUAACACGAGGAUAAUACAUUUACAUUUUAGUCAUUUAGCAGACGCUCUUAUCCAGAGCGACUUACAGUUAGUGAAUACAUUUUUUUUUUUAUACUGGCCCCCCGUGGGAAUCGAACCCACAACCCUGGCGUUGCAAACGCCAUGCUCUACCAACUGAGCUACAUCCCUGCCGGCCAUUCCCUCCCCUCCCCUACCCUGGACGACGCUGGGCUAAUUGUGCGCCGCCCCAUGCGUCUCCCGGUCACAGCCGGCUAUGACAGAGCCUGGAUUCAAACCAGGAUCUCUAGUGGCACAGCUAGCACUGCGAUGCAGUGCCUUAGACCACUGCGCCACUCGGGAGACGCCAUAUGAGUAAUACACAAUGAGUAAUGAUAACUUGGCUAUAUACACGGGGUACCAGUACUGACUCGAUGUGCAGGGGUACGAGGUAAUUGAGGUAGAUAUGUACAUAUAGGUAGGGGUAAAGUGACUAGGCAACAGGAUAGAUAAUAGUAGUAGCAGCAGCGUAUGUGAUGAGUGUGGAAGUGUGUGUGUGUGGCAAAUGUGUGCCUGUGUAUACGUGUUAUCUGUGGGUGUGUGUGUGUGCAUGUCAAAUCAAAUCAAAUUUUAUUUGCCACAUGCGCCGAAUACAACAUGUGUAGACCUUACAGUGAAAUGCUUACUUACAAGCCCUUAACCAACAAUGCAUUUUUUAAAUAAAGAGAGAAAAAAGUGUCAAGUAAAAAAUAGAAAAUAGCAAAUAAUUAAAGAGCAGCAGUAAAAUAAAAUAACAGUAGGGAGGCUAUAUACAGGGGGUACCGGUACAGAGUCAAUGUGCGGGGGCAACGGUUAGUCGAGUUAAUUGAGGUAAUAUGUACAUGUGGGUAGAGUUAAAGUGACUAUGCAUAAAUAAUAAACAGAGUAGCAGCAGCGUAAAAGAGGGGGUUGGGGUGGGGGGGCAAUGCAAAUAGUACGGGUAGCCAUGAUUAGCUGUUCAGGAGUCUUAUGGCUUGGGGGUAGAAGCUGUUAAGAAGCCUUUUGGACAUAGACUUGGCGCUCUGGUACCGCUUGCCGUGCGGUAGCAGAGAGAACAGUAUAUGACUAGGGUGGCUGGAGUCUUUGACAAUUUUUAGGGCCCUCUGACACCGCCUGGUAUAGAGGUCCUGGAUGGCAGGAAGCUUGGCCCCAGUGAUGUACUGAGCCGUAUGACUACCCUCUGUAGUGCCUUGCGGUCGGAGGCCAAGCAGUUGCCAUACCAGGCGGUGAUGCAACCAGUCAGGAUGCCCUCGAUGGUGCAGCUGUAUAACUUUUUGAGGAUCUGAGGACCCAAGCCAAAUCUUUUCAGUCUCCUGAGGGGGAAUAGGCUUUGUCGUGCCCUCUUCACGACUGUCUUGGUGUGUUUGGACCAUGAUAGUUUGUUGGUGAUGUGGACACCAAGGAACUUGAAGCUCUCAACCUGUUCCACUACAGCCCCGUUGAUGAGAAUGGGGGCGUGCUCAGUCCUCUUUUUUUCCCCUGUAGUCCACAAUCAUCUCCUUUGUCUUGAUCACGUUGAGGAAGAGGUUGUUAUCCUGGCACCACACGGCCAGGUCUCUGACCUCCUCCCUAUAGGCUGUCUCAUCGUUGUCGGUGAUCAGGCCUACCACUGUUGUGUUGUCUGCAAACUUAAUGAUGGUGUUGGAGUCGUGCCUGGCCAUGCAGUCAUGGGUGAACAGGGAGUACAGGAGGGGACUGAGCACGCACCCCUGAGGGGCCCCCGUGUUGAGGAUCAGCUUGGCAGAUGUGUUGUUACCUACCCUUACCACCUGGGGGCGGCCCAUCAGGAAGUCAGGAUCCAGUUGCAGAGGGAGGUGUUUAGUCCCAGGGUCCUUAGCUUAGGGAUGAGCUUUGAGGGCACUAUGGUGUUGAACGCUGAGCUGUAGUCAAUGAAUAGCAUUCUCACCUAGGUGUUCCUCUUGUCCAGGUGGGAAAGGGCAGUGUGGAGUGCAAUAGAGAUUGCAUCAUCUGUGGAUCUGUUGGAGCGGUAUGCAAAUUGGAAUGGGUCUAGGGUUUCUGGAAUAAUGGUGUUGAUGUGAGCCAUGACCAGCCUUUCAAAGCACUUCAUGGCUACAGACGUGAGUGCUACGGGUCGGUAGUCAUUUAGGCAGGUUAUCUUAGUGUUCUUGGGCACAGGGACUAUGGUGGUCUGCUUGAAACAUGUUGGUAUUACAGACUCACAUUGGCUACGGAGAGCGUGAUCACAUAGUCAUCCGGAACAGCUGAUGCUCUCAUGCAUGCUUCAGUGUUGCUUGCCUCGAAGCGAGCAUAGAAGUGAUUUAGCUCAUCUGGUAGGCUUGUGUCACUGGGCAGCUCGCGGCUAUGGGUCGGUAGUCCCGUAGCCGCGAGUGUGAGUGUGUGGGUAGAGUCCAGUGUGUGUGCAUAGAAUCAAAAAGAGUGUGCAAAAAGGUUCAAUGACGAUAGUCCGGGUAGCUAUAUGGUUAACUAUUUAGCAGUCAUGGCUUGGGGGUAGAAGCUGUUCAGGAGCCUUUUGGUCCCAGACUUAGUGCUCCGGUACCGUUUGCUGUGCGGUAGCAGAGCGAACAGUCGAUGACUUGGGUGGCUGGAGUCUUUGACAAUUUUUAGGGCCUUCCUCUGAUACCGCCUGGUAUAGAGGUCCUGGAUGACAGGGACACCGGCCCCCUCCACCUCUUCCUAUAUGGUCAUAGCCAUUCCUCCUGUGUGUUCUUGAUUUUCUAAUGAUUAAAAUGCUCAAUAACAACAUCUAGGUCAGAAUCUCAACCUGCCUUUGCCAACUCUAUUGUAUUUAGGUGUAUUAAAACUUUACUAAAUACCAAUGCUAAGUACCUUAGUAUACUGAACAUUCCUAGCCACACAAAGGUUUAUAUAAGGCAGUCCUACAGAGGCUCCCAUGUUGCUGAAGCUGUUCUCUCUGCAGGAUGUACCCUGUAGUUCCAGGGAAUGGCCGUCUGACAGUAGACAAUGAAGUUGUUGUGGACAACUACUGGUUCCCAAAGAAGGUAGGGCAGGCGAUGAAGAGAGAAAGGUAUCAACACCCCUCUCUCUCAUCAACUUUGUCAAUACUUACGAAAUCUCUAUUUUUUACCGAAGGAUGUGAUGUGAUUUCCAUGAAAUUCUGUCAGUUUCCUAAGGAAUGUCAGUCUCGCUUUACUUCCUGUAUGUCUCCUUCUUCCUAUUCCCCUCUGUCAGACCCAGUUCCAUCUGUGUCACUAUGCUACCAGUCAUGACGAGGGGGAGUUUGUGGAUGCAGAGUGUUUCAGGCCUGAGCGUUGGCUGAGAGUGGGUCCAGAGUCGUACCAACACCACCCCUACAGCUCUAUACCCUUCGGGGUGGGCGUGAGAGCCUGUGUGGGCAAGAGAGUGGCAGAGCUAGAGAUGCACUUUGCCCUCUCCAGGGUGAGUAAGAGUAUUCCAUUGUGAUUUUCAAGGAAGUGUUGAGUAAUAAAAAGCCGUCAGUGCCAAAGAGAUAUUAUCACAGACUGUUGGAGGGGAUUGUUGUUGGAUUUCGUCCAUCUUCUGUGGUGAUUUGCUCAUGUUAAAUCCCCUGAAGCAAUCUGAGAGAGUGCGGGAACUUAAGUGUGCAACACUUACAACAGGGGUGACGAACCGCAUUUUUAUGAGCGGGGCCAUAUUCUCCUUUCACUGUCUCAGUUGGCAAAAUUUGGCAUGGGACGUUAUAAAGACUUAAUUUUAUGGCUGUAAACUGAUUCUCUGGCUAGAGAGACAUCAGACAACCAGGUAGCUCAUUAACACUAAACCCUUGAUCUUGAACUCUUGUCUUCCCUCUACAGCUGAUGCAGCAUUAUGAGAUCCAGCCAGAGGAUGGGGCCCCAACCACAGAGCCCAAGACUAGAACACUGCUCAUCCCGUCCAAACCCAUCAACCUGCGCUUCCUACCCCGAGCCUGAGGAGGGUGCCAGAGAGGUAUAGACAGGGAUUGACAGGAGGGUCUGGUGUUGUGCUGUGCUGUGGUAACCUCCAGUCCCCUAGAUCCCCUUAAACAUAGGAAGAAGUUUGGGCAUGGGGGUGCUUGAGGGUGGGGAAUGCUGAAAAAUAAAGUUGGCUCGUGCUCCAGACUGCUAUAUCGUUCCACUAAUACAGUACUAGUAAAGGCCCAGUGCACUAC